AUGACGGCACACAAUCCAGAAAGUCUUGAGGCACGACCUCUCGUUGCUGUGAUCGGCGUUGGUUAUGUCGGCACACAGCUCGUCAGCAACUUCUCAAGGAACUGGGACGUCCUCGGCUUCGACCUUUCAAAAUUCACUUCACAUGAGCACCUAGCCAACGCGACACACUACCUCAUAUCGAUUCCACCUCUUCUGCUGGCCGACAAGACUAUUGAUGUUUCGUACCUCAAAGAUGCUCUUGAGACGACUUUCAAAUGUGCUGGACCUGGUGCUACCGUUAUUAUUGAGAGCUCUGUUGCCGUUGAUUUGGAGGGAGAGCUCAUCGAACCACCUGCGACGGCUCGUGGCUGCUUCGCUAGAACGUUCCUUGAGAGAGUGAAUCCUGGCCGGACAGAACCACUCCCCCACCCCCCCGGCGCGCGACUUAUUCCCAUGGUCAUCUCUGGACUGGACGAUGUCUGCCCUGGAUCGCUCGCGGCAAUUGCCCGAUCCUACUUCGAAGAGCUGGUGCCUCUAUCAAGCCCCGAAGUAGCCGAGUCUACUAAACUCUACGAGAAUUGUCAGCGCAUGAUUAACAUUGCGUAUGCCAAUGAGAUGGAGGAUGCAUGCCGCAGCCUUGGGGUCGAUCCAUAUGAAGUCUACAGCGCCGCUGCCUCCAAGCCGUUUGGCUACAUGGUCUACAAGGCAGGAAUUGGCGUGGGCGGUCAUUGA